GUGGGGUAAAGCAACAGAAAUAGCGUUUGCUCACAUUCUCUCUCAUCACCUCAGAACAUACCAAAAGAGAGUGGAGCUGUAUUCACAUGUAAUUGUUUGUGUCAUGGGGUCUCUUUAUGACCGGAAAAUUUAAUAAAAAAGGAUUCCUUUUUGCUUUUCUUUAACCCACCAAAAGAGGAAAACUAAUUUUUCUCCUUUUUGCCGUCACGCUCACCUCGCCGGAGCCCGGAAUGCCCGGUGCCAAGGAAAUGUCGGCUCCUGUUGUCGAUGGGAAUGAAGCAGAAGCUGGUCACAUCAUAUCAACCACAAUCGGAGGCAAGAAUGGAGAACCGAAACAGACCCUUAGUUACAUGGCAGAGCGUGUUGUAGGGACCGGAUCUUUUGGAACCGUUUUCCAGGCAAAAUGCUUAGAAACUGGAGAAACCGUUGCGAUAAAAAAGGUUUUGCAAGACCGAAGAUACAAGAACCGCGAGUUGCAAUUAAUGCGCGCGAUGGACCACCCAAACGUCGUUUCCUUAAAACAUUGUUUCUUUUCUACUACAAGCAGAGACGAGGUUUUUUUAAACCUAGUCAUGGAAUACGUCCCGGAGACGAUUUAUCGAGUUUUAAAACAUUAUGAAAAUCUACACCAAAGCAUGCCCCUUAUUUACGUGAAACUUUAUACAUAUCAAAUCUUUAGGGGCCUGGCGUACAUGCACAUGGUUACCGGAGUAUGCCACAGGGACUUGAAACCUCAGAACGUUUUGGUGGACCCUUUGACUCACCAAGUCAAGAUUUGUGAUUUUGGAAGUGCAAAAAUGCUAGUGAGGGGAGAACCGAACAUAUCAUACAUAUGUUCACGUUUCUAUCGUGCACCAGAACUCAUUUUUGGCGCUACGGAAUACACCACUUCAAUCGAUAUUUGGUCUGCUGGUUGCAUUCUGGCCGAACUUCUUCUCGGACAGCCUCUAUUUCCCGGAGAAAAUGCGGUGGAUCAGCUUGUGGAGAUCAUCAAGGUUUUGGGCACACCAACUCGAGAAGAAAUCCGUUGCAUGAACCCGAACUACAACGAUUUCAGAUUUCCGCAAAUUAAGGCUCAUCCAUGGCAUAAGGUUUUUCACAAGCGGAUGCCUCCUGAAGCAAUUGAUCUCGCUUCUCGCCUUCUACAGUACUCUCCAAGUCUUCGCUGCAAUGCUCUUGAAGCGAUAGCACAUCCGUUUUUUGAUGAGCUGCGCCAACCUAAUGUUCACCUACCAAAUGGCCGACCGUUACCUCCUCUCUUCGACUUCAAACAAGAGUUAGCAGGAGCAUCUAUGGAGCUCAUCAACAGGUUAAUUCCGGAUUAUGUGAAGAAGCAAAUGAAUAUGCAGGUUCCGCAGGGUGUUGUGGGGUCAUAGAUAUUUAAGGUGGUCUUUUGUAUGUGUCAAUCCGUCUAUGUUUGUCUGAAGAAACGAGAAGUUGGUUGUAUAUGUUUUUUGUUUCUGCAAGAUUUAAAAUUAUGCAUUAGCUAGAAUUAAAUACAAGAGAUGGUAGAACCGAAAGGUUUGGAGUUUUGGUUGUUUCUUGCGCUUUCGACCCUAGUUAUACAAUACAAGUAUGUUCUGUAUUUUCGGCAGAUGCCAUGGUUACCUGUUAUGUAAAAUACCCUUUGGUGUUGCAA